UCCCUAACGGAGUGCGCCACGUGUGGGAAAAGCUGGGAUGAAUGGUUCUUUGAUGGUAUCUGUAUGUCAACGUUACCGCGUUAAGCAAACUCCAUUAUCAAAACUCUUAAAACUUCGAUCCACACCAAAAUCCCAACGUUGAACCAUCUUUUACCGCUCUCAUCUGCUCUCAUCUUUAGAUCUUCAAUUCGAUUCGAUUUCUGCUAAGAUCGUCCGAUCCAGCGCCAUGAGUUUUCUUUUCGGACACAGGAAAACACCCGCAGAGCUUCUGCGGGAAAAUAAGAGAAUGCUGGACAAAUCAAUUAGAGAAAUAGAACGAGAGAGGCAGGGCUUACAAACACAAGAGAAGAAAUUGAUCGCAGAGAUAAAGAAAAGCGCGAAACAAGGCCAGAUGGGUGCUGUUAGGGUUAUGGCAAAAGAUCUUGUCAGAACGAGGCAUCAGAUUGAAAAGUUUUAUAAGCUAAAAUCACAGCUUCAAGGUGUAUCACUCAGAAUCCAGACAUUGAAAUCGACACAAGCAAUGGGUGAGGCAAUGAAAGGUGUCACAAAAGCCAUGGGACAGAUGAAUAGGCAGAUGAACUUGCCAAACUUGCAGAAAAUCAUGAUGGAAUUUGAGAGACAGAAUGAGAAGAUGGAAUUGACAUCCGAGGUGAUGGCAGAUGCAAUAGAUGACGCCUUGGAAGGGGACGAAGAAGAAGAAGAAACAGAAGAGCUAGUAAAUCAGGUUCUAGAUGAGAUUGGAAUCGACAUGAACCAAGAGCUUGUGAAUGCACCGUCGUCGGCUGUUGCUGCCCCAGCUACACAGAGCAAGGUACCACAAGCUGAAGCUGCGGUAAAUGAUGAUAGCGGAAUAGAUAGUGAUUUGCAGGCAAGGUUGGACAAUUUAAGGAAAAUGUAGUCUUCACUCUCAUACAGGGAUUCCACUUUUUCCCAUGGAAAGUGAAGCUCAUAUGGACCAUGUAGUAUGAUUGGUAAGUUGUACCAGGGUUGGAUGAUUGAUUUUACUUAUGAUUGUAAAAAGAAUGAUUGAUUUUUCUAACACAACUCCUUUUCGCUUUUGAUAUGUUAAAAAGAUGAAUCUUUUGAACAAUUUGCGUGAAGUGUAUAAAAUAGUAAAUAAAUUAGAAAUAAAAUAUUUGUAA